AUGCAUUCUGAAAACACCUCUUCCCAUAAGCUCGAGUCCUUUUCGGCUAAUCAGAAUGCCGCCAUCGUUGAUAAUAUAGGCAACAUGAAGUUGAGCGAAUCUUCUUGUUCUAUGCUAAGUCCCGGAAGGGUCCCAUUAAAAAACCAGGCCUCCUCCUCUUCACUGUUAAAAUCCCCUGCAGUUAGAUCAUUGGCAAGUCCAACAAAAUCAUUACUAAACACUCCGACCAGAAUCCUUCCCACAUCCCCAAAGACAGAUACCGCAGCGCUAAGGAGAUCUCCACGCCUGUUAAGCAGGCUUAUUCAGGGAAUGGAUAUCAAUACCAAUGCACGAAACACCGUGCAAGAUAUGUCAAGCCCCAAUCCCUUUGUUGAUUUGGGUGCCUUCCCAAGUAAAAAGGAAUCUUCCGCAAAAAUCACCAAUUUUGAUACAAUAAUUAGCUCCUCGCCCCAAAAGCAAAAAAGCUUCAUAUCCCAACCGGAUGCAAAUGCAAGGCCAAACGGUGUGGUGGAAAUCCCGCUGCUUUUGCCUACAGGAAAGACUCCAAGGGCUACUCGCUCUAUUUCAUUCCCAUCUUCGGAGGAGGAUGAAAAAGAGGACGACCAAGGCGGCGUUUGUGGUGAAAAUAGCUUGAAUUUAUCAAACACAAUCGAGCUAUUCUCUCCCGGAUUUCACGGCGAAAUCGUUCAUCACGCACAUGGGGUGAUGUCGUCGUUUGAUUCUCAAUCGCUGGUCGAUAAGAUUUCAAACGAGUUUGCAGAACCUUCCGCAUGUGAAUUAGAGUUUUACCAAUCGGAAGAGUAUGCCGAUGGGAUCUCUUUUGUCGCAUCUCUGCCUCACGUAUCAAAUCUUCCCGCACAUCCGUUUCAUGGAUCUAGUCCAGUUCUCCCCUCAAUACC